AUGCAGUCAGAGUUAAACUAUGUUGGCCAACUGCAUCAUCCUAAUCUGGUGAAACUAUUUGGAUACUGCCUUGAUGGCCAAGAUUGGUUUCUGGUGUACGCGUUUUUGGCCAAAGGAAGACUAGAAAACCACUUGUUCGGAGGCGUAGGUUCUGGAGCUGGAAGUAUUGUAUUCAUAUCAUCUGUUGCAGGUGUUACAACUUACAAGUAUAGGUACUGGCCACUAAAGCUGACUAGAAACCGGGCAUGUGAAUGGGCAAAAGACAAUAUUAGGACCAACACUGUUGGACCUUGGUAUAUCAGAACCUCACUUGUGGAACAUGUCACUUUCACCUUCACUACAACUCUUAGGCAUCGAUGCUACAUGCUUUUGAGCAAGUACAGCAACACAUAGAUGGCG